AAAUGUGUGUAUGUAUGUAAAUGCAAGCUAUAUUUCACUGCUGGUUUGUGUUCACCAGAAUGUGAAUGUCCCACUGACACUUGCUUCCAGACAAACAGGUCUUUGAAUGAGGAAGAAGGGCGCUUUGUCAGACACAAGCGUUAGGAUUGUUCCAUACAGCAAGAGUGUGUGCAUGUUGUGUGUGUGUGUGUGUGAGAAAGAGAUUAUGUGUGUCUCUUUGAGAGAAAGAGUGUAUGUCUGUGAGGAAGAGAUUGUGUGUGAGGGAUUGUUUGAGACAGAGUGGCGUGCCUGUGUGUAUGUGUGUGUGUGUGUGUGUGUGUGUGUGUGUGUGUGUGUGUGUGUGUGUGUGUGUGUGUGUGAGAGAGACAUUGACUUAGAGAGGAAAAACAGGACAAGUGUUUGGUAUUUCUGUCUGCAUUUCAGUCUGAUAUCAACAGACAGGGAGUGUGUGUAUGCGUGCAUUCUGUAUGUGUGUUUUGUGUUUUUUUUCUGUUGCUGUUGGUCAAAAUGGAAGCAGAGCAGCUCAAACACACGACAGCAUCUCGCACAGCUACAGUUCAUGCGGCCACACUCAGCUGCUGAAAGAGCGCAUCGUUUGUAUUGUUGCAUCUCUGGUCUCCUCCUUCCUUCCUCCUCCUUUCCCCUCCCUUCACUCAUCCAUCCAUCCGUCCACCCCCUCUCCUCUCCACACACGCACACCGACUUGCGCAUCGCCUCCUCCGGCACAAUGACCAACGAUUCCCCGGAGGAGGAGACCCGAGUUCCGGGCGGCGGCGGCGGAGGAGGAGGAGGAGGUGGGAGAGGAAUCGCACGAAGAAACCGGGCGGACGACAAUGUCACCAUCCUGACAUCCUCCAUGGAUUUACACAGAGCCAGCCGGAGCCGCGCCAGCAGCAGCAACGAUGCCGCCCCGAGCCUCACAUCCUCCGUGGAUCUCAGCACCUCCUCCCUGGAGCUGAGCAUCCAGACGCGGAUCUUUAAGAUCAUCGUCAUCGGGGACUCCAACGUGGGGAAGACCUGCCUCACCUUCCGCUUCACCGGGGGGAGCUUCCCCGAUAAGACCGAGGCCACCAUCGGUGUGGAUUUCAGGGAGAAGGCGGUGGAGAUUGAAGGAGAGACUAUCAAGGUGCAGGUAUGGGACACAGCAGGCCAGGAGCGCUUUCGUAAAUCCAUGGUGGAACACUACUACCGCAAUGUCCAUGCAGUGGUCUUUGUGUAUGACGUCACCAAGAUGACUUCCUUCCGCAACCUACAGACAUGGAUAGAGGAGUGUAAUGGCCAUCGGGUGUCAGCAUCAGUACCUCGAGUCCUGGUGGGAAACAAGUGUGACCUUGUGAACCAAAUACAGGUCCCCUCCAACAUGGCGUUGAAGUUCGCUGACGCCCACAACAUGCUGCUGUUUGAGACGUCGGCCAAGGACCCGAGGGAGAGUCAGAACGUCGACUCCAUCUUCAUGUCGCUGGCCUGCCGCCUGAAGGCCCAGAAAUCCCUGCUCUACAGAGACGUGGAGAGAGAGGACGGAAGAGUCCGACUCACACAAGAGACUGAAACAAAGAGUAAUUGUCCUUGUUGAGGAAAAGGAGGAGUGGGAGGCGUAAUGGAGGGGAAGAGAGAAGAGUAACUGUACAUGUCAAGGAAGAGGAGGAGAGGGAUGAUGGGAGAGUGAGGCUAAUACAAGAGUCUUUUAAAUUAAGUGCAACUUUUCUGGUUUAGGACAAGGAUUGGGGGUUGAAGUUGUCACUAAGAGCAAUGUGUUACACGGAAGAGGAGGAUAGGGUGGAAACAGUGACGCUCGAGCAAGAAACAUCAUCAAUAUUCUUGUUCGUGAGGAUGAAGAUAGGGAGGAAAGAGGGUGGCGAAGACAGAGGGAAAAGAGAUAAAAAGGGAUUGGGGGGUGACGCAUUUAUUAACAAUUCAGAAAUGAGACAAUGUUGCCUUUUAGACUACAGUAGAAAUUCUUCCAUGUAUUCAAACAUAGACAGAAACUGAGUGCUUUCAGUGUGCCCAGUGCACAGGCAAACACAACACGAUUAACAUAUGAGUCAUUUGAGGAUCUGUGUUUAUCACAGCCUUUAUUAACAGCAACAUUCUGAGGCAACACAUUAGAACUGUCCUAUUUUUGCUGCCUUGUCCUUACUGAUUUCCAUCCACAUCCUAGCUUGAAAGCAGCAUCUCUUGACCUUUAUCUACUGCCUUAAAAAGCUGCUUCUGUCUUGGUUUGAAGAAAUCAAUCAAGAUGAUUUUGGUUCAUACAACCAACCAAACACUCUGGCAGCCUCUUAAAAGGAAAUAUAAACUAUUUUAGAGGGAGGACUCUUUUUUGUGUCCGUUUUAAUGUACCUGAUGUCUAUCUAGGUCAAUCCUUCACAAGUAGGACACUUAAAAAUCACUGUGAGAUCACAAAUACAUGGGAAAAAUGAAAAAAAAACACAUCUUAGAGAACAUUAAUGUGGAGAAAUUAGGGGCAAAAGGGAAAGGUGAGCUCAAGGGACCUGUGCAGGAAGACCUUGACAACAAGGUUUCCUGCAAACGGACCAUCUAGAGGUUGUCAGGCAGAAUGUCGCGUAUUGAUUUAGAGGCUGUAAGAUCCUCUUACCCUCAUGUAGGAGAAAUGCACUCUCCUACAAAGAAGAGCCUUCAUGGCAAGGUUCCUUUUUCUCAUCUAAACCCGAUGUAAACAUAUCCCCUCCACGCUUAACUUCUAGCAGAGUGGCUUAUCCAGUUUUCCCUUUGUGUGCAAAUGCAAAAAACAUCCAGUCUUUGCCGUACGUGACUUCCAAGAUAGCCAAUCCGCCACCGCAAUUCCAUAUUCUGUAUAUUUUUCAAAGUAAAGGCCUUCUGUCUGUCUUAGACGAUGUGAUCUCACAUCAAUAUCACUGCCUCCAGUCUCAGAGAGGGCAGGAAAGAUGAUAGAAAACUGUGACCCCUGUAUGCAUAAUGGAUAUAUUUAUAUUGCUACACAGCCUGAGCCUGGAUGUACACUAUGAGCAGACUUAAGCCUGGUGUGUGUAUAAAGGAAGUCCAGGAGUAUCCAAGCCAUGGAUGAUACAGGCUGCAUGAAUCCCUGUAGAAAGCCAUAUUUAUUAUUUAUUGUCCACAGAGAUGCAGUAUACUUUACAUUGAGAUUGCUCCCAGAUGAUGUGUUGUGGUUGUAGAAGAACACACUGUACGUAACUCAGUGUUGGAGCUAUGACGCCUUUGUAAUAAGGCAUCAAUCCACAAGCGUCACUGCGAUGCCGUCAGUUAGAUAUAGCAGCAUCUUCGCCAUGUCCUUCCCUAAUUUAACACUGUAGCCUACUUCUGAGCAAUGCUAUAAAUACAUUUGGAUGCCAUAUGUGAAAAAAUUCAGAUCAGUGAGCAUUUCAGAUGGGUGUUCCCUCCAAGCUGACAGUCUGAUGACCUAAUUAAUUCAUCCCAUCGAGCAAUUUUAACACAUCCAUGGAGCUAUUGUCUGAGCUGUAUCAGGUUUUGUUGAUUUUUUUAGUCAGAAUUUCUCCUCCUCUGUUCUUCUUCUAACAGUGGCAGUGGGAUCAAGCAGCCGGUACGGGCGAAUGAAAUCAGAUUACUGUAAAAUACCAGGAAUUGCUGUUUUCAUCCUCACUGUAUGUACGGGAAAAUCUGUGACACUCACAGCCAAAAGAACACAAAAACUGGGAUAACCAUUCAUCCAUUUUCUAAACUGCUUAUUAUUGCCAGGGCUGUGGUUGGGUACACCCUACAACUUUUUAUCCGUUAACAAAUAACUGUGGCUCUGUCAUAAUGUGGCUAAUUUAGUCGUGAUACGUGGGAGACAACAAGCCUAAUAGGAAGCAAAACAUGGUGUUGGAAAAAGAAGAAUGUGCCUGCAUUUUGUUUUUAUAAUCUUAACCAGAUCUGAAUAAAAUAUCAAUUGACUUCAUCACUCAUUAGGCUACAGUGAAUUUCACAUAUCGCAUUAAGCUGUCUUUCAAUUUUCUAUUUCAAAUAUUUGAAAUCAUAACCAAUUUGUAUUUUAUCCAGGUCUAAAGGUUAAGAAUACAAAUGUACAGUAUGUUUGCUUGCCUUCCUUUUUUCCCUGUACAUACACUGUGUUUUAUUUGUUAUAAUAUCUGGCUUCAGAUGAUUUGUGUCUUUUUUUUUAACCCACGUUUGCUCUUAAAGGGAUAGCUUGAAAUUUGGAAAUGUUAAAAGCCAGGCUACUGUGUGUGGAAUGAAUUUGCUUAUUAAUUGCUUGUGAGAUUGGGGCAGAAUCUCUUGAUGAGUUAUAAAGGGUUGAUAGAAAAUGUAUCUGCAAUUAUUUUGAUAACUGAUUUAUUGUUCCUGUGAUUUUUCACAACUUUCCUCUGAUUUCAGCUUCACAAAUGUCAAUAUUUGCUGGUUUUCUUUGUUCCAUAUGAAUAUCUUUGGGUUGUAGACUGUUGGUCGGACAAAACACAAAUUUGUGAUUGUUUCAUUUUUCACUAUUUUUCACAUUUUAUACACAAAAGUAAUUGGCAGAAUAAUCAAUAAUGAAAAUGAUUGUUAGUUGCAGCCCUACAGGUACAACAUUACCUUCAGGUAAUUCACAUAAUAGUGUCAGUGCAGGCUACCUUGUAGCUAGCUAUUUUCAGCCUUCAAUUAACUGUGACACAGCCUGCAGCUAUCCUAAUAAACCUAUACACCUAAUAGAAAUUAUGAUAAUGUGAUAGUUACUAAUAUGCAUGUAGGGGAAAUUCCUUUCUUCCUACAGGGGAAGCUCUGGGGUGUCACAGUGAGCUCAACAGUGCAACAACAGAGAAUAAAAAGGGUAUUAUUAUUAUGAUUCUGUAAAUGAAUGAAUCCCUACAUAAAAAUAGACACAAAAGACAAGAAAGUUGAAAUUCUAGUUUUCAAUUAUUUUGGGUUUAUUGACUUUCAGGUUCAAUAGAUCUCCUGUAGCAACCUGUGUGACUGACACAGGUCAGGGGUCACGUCCCAACUGUUGGCUAAACUUCAUUUUUCAGGGUGAAAGUGAAUCUAUUCUCUAAUCUAAAAGGAAUUAAUAUGGAUUUAUUUUGGUUUACGCUCCUCUGAGCUUAAUGUGACACCACAGAAGUUGGAGGUCAGUCUGCUACAGAACAGCAGCUCUUAUUCAACUCCUCCACAUGAUGGAUGGACAGGGAUGUGUUCUACCUAGUCAAUACUACUACAAAAAAAAGUCAGAUUAAAGGUUAGUUACUCCUUUAACAAAAGCCUUAAGAGUGGUGUUGCUUGAUGUUUUUCAUCAUUUUAUUAGAAUUGUUAAAUCUGAGAUGACAAUGUUUUUAGGCUGUGAGUUUGUUAUUGUUUUGGACUGUAUCAGAUUGUCUUCUACUGUAUGUUUCAUAUGUAACAUUGUGGUUGUUACAAUCUCACAAAGGGACUUCUGAUAAAACUUCUGAAGACGC